CGCACUCUCAUGACCCACUCACGGUUCGCUGUCGCCUCACUGUUACAUAACCCGGUGCGCUCUCCCUCAGCCAGCCCACAGCGCCACCGCGGGGUGAAGACGCGGUGAUGUCAGAGGAGCAGGGCUGGGCAGCGGGCUUGCAGGAGCAGCGGCUCCGCUCAUAAUCCUCCUCCACACAUCGGAUGCUGACCGUCCGCAGAUCACCUGCAGGAUGCGUUAAGGGUCAAAGGUGAGCUCCCCGAGGCCGAGAUGAGUCUGACUUCCUGGUUCCUGGUGAGCGGCGGGGGGACGCGCCACCGCCUCCCCAGGGAGAUGAUUUUCGUGGGGAGGGACGACUGCGAGCUCAUGCUGCAGUCCCGCAGUGUGGACAAACAGCACGCUGUCAUCAACUACGAGCCGAACGCAGACGAGCAUAAAGUCAAGGACCUGGGCAGCCUGAACGGGACUUUUGUCAAUGACGUCAGGAUACAGGAGCAAAUCUAUGUAACACUGAAGAUUGACGACAAACUGAGGUUUGGAUAUGAUACCAACCUGUUCACCGUCGUCCGAGGAGAGCUGCAUAUUCCGGAGGAGGCCCUCAAGCAUGAGAAGUUCAGCAGCCAGCUUCAGCUGAACCAGAAGAAACCUCCAGAGGGGGAGGCGUCUAGGUCUGAGGUGAAACCCUCUGUAGCGGCGGCAGCAUCAGUGAGCGAGGGGGCCGCCGCCAAGCCCCCCGAAACCGGCAGGGCGGAGGACAAGAUGUCAGGGGACAUAGCAGUGUUGCACAGAGGCACGCCCCUCUAUGGCCAGCCUGCCUGGUGGGGAGAUGGAGACAGUGGCGACCAUCAAGCUGGGAGGCCUGAGGACAAGAGUUCAGAUCGGAGGAGAGAAAAAGCUGAAACAGAAACCAAGAAAAGUACAGAGGCCCCGAAGUCUGCCCCACAAGCCAAUCAGGAGCCUAGCUACUUUGAGAUCCCGACCAAGGACACUCCCUCAGCAGGUAAAGCGAGUGGUGAAGCCCCCUCACGAGAACAAGAGGGUGGUGCAGAGCCCGCCCAUGGCCACGCCUCCUUCACCAUUGAAUUUGACCCUGGGGCCACAGGUAAAGUGACUGUCAAAGAUCGGGUGGCGAAGGUGGGGCCGGAGACCAGGCCUCGUCCUAAAAGGGCUGUCGGGGAGGAGCUGAGUCCACUUCAGACAGCCAUGGUGGCUGCAGAGGUCAAAGUUGCCGACUGGCUGGCUCAGAAUGAGCUGCCGCUGGCUCUGAAAGACACGGUUGCAGAGGAGGACGGGGAAAGUGUGAAGAGUGAUGUGCCUGUACAGCUUAAAAGUCUCAAAGACAGUAAACAUGAGGACGGUACACAGAGCGACUCAGAGAACGCACUUGGAGAGCAGCGCAGGGCUGCGGCAAUGGAUGAGCGCUCGUGGGGGCUUUGGGGCGGUCCAGGGAUGAAGAUCAGAGAGGGUCGGGCUAACGUACCAGAGGGGCUCUUUGCAGAGGAGGACAGCCCCGCUCGGCGUCGCAAGUCUUCGACUUCCAAAGUGGUAGGUGGAUUUGUGGAGAGGCGACGUGGCUCGGCACCACAUCAGCAGAGUGGCCGUGAUGAGUGCUAUCACCAUGGGGAUGAUUAUAGUGACAGAGGGACGUAUACCAUUGAACUGGAGAAUGGAGAUCAUGAAGAGGAAGAGGCUAGGAAAAUGAUUGACAAGGUGUUUGGUGUGGAUGAGCAGGAGGCUGUGUGUGUGUCCAGGUUGCGGGCUGGUGACCAAAGAGAGAGGCUCACCUCCCAGAGGUCUGACACUGUGGACAGAGGGAAGCCUGAACGCAUGGAGACAGAGGUUCUGCCUGAGGAGCUGGUGGUGGGUGGUCCUCGCUGGGUGUCGCAGUGGGCCACUCUGGCUGCAAGUCACAUAAGGACGGACCCUGAGGGUUCAGGAGGGGAGAGUCACAUCAUGGUCACAGAGGACAGAGCUGAAAUAAGUGAGUCCAGCCACUCGGCAUCUUUUGCCUCGUCUGGCUACACCGAGCGUAAGAGAAGAACCUUGCCCCAGCUGCCCGGCGAGGAGCUUGUCCUCGGAAGAAGGACCCCAGGCUCAGGCCUGCGUGUUGAUAUGGGAGAGAAACAGGACACAGAGCUGCAGGAGAAGGAGAACCAGGAGCAGAAGAUGGCUAGGGGAAAGAAUCGGCCUGCUCACGGCACUGGUGGCUUAGGCAGUCAUGGUGGUAGCCCCAGUCGCUCUUCACCAGCCAAGUCGCAAGACAGUGGUGGUGGUAGAUCAGACAAGUCAGGUGUGUUGGCCAAGCUCCCACCUCGUCCACUGACCAGCGGGGAGAAAAGAAUGGAGGAGUCACGGAGGAGGAAAAAGGAAGAGGAGAAGGCCAGGGAAAGUAGUGGGAAACCUUUGUUGAGGCAGGAAAGUUUUACUGUGGAGAAACCAAGCGCCAACGUGCCCAUUGAGCUCAUACCUCGUAUCGAUGGGCUGACACAAAGCAAAAGUAAGGAGACUGGCAUUGACAGUGCCACAAUUCAGAAAGACUCAGAGGCUGUGGCAGCCUUUCUAGAGACGACCGUGUCAGACCAAGGUGAUCCACCAAGUCAGUCCAUUGAAGGCUCCAUGUCACCAGAGUCCGACGUGGACACGACUAGCACAGUAAGCCAGGCUGAUGGAGCGAGAAAAGUGGUUCAGAAGCGCCGGACUCUUGCCGCACAGCAGAAGGAGAGAACCAUAGUGUGCUCAUCCAGCAAAAGCAUCUCUGGGGCCCGAGAGACCCAGGACAGGAGGGUCAAGACUAGGGCAUCUGGUCCUAACCCACAGCCCAGCCGCCCCUGGACUUCCCUGGACCUCACUGACGAUGACGUCAACUCCAACUCACUCCUCUCCGACUCCCAGCCCACUUCAACACAGGAAUCUAGAAGCUCACAUGCCAGAGCCCAGACUGGGAGCACAACAGUGGGUGCGAGCACCAAGUCAAGUCGGGCUAAAGUCACUCAGGCUUCGGCCUCUUCUGCAACCAAUAAAACUGCCAAUGUACCCAAGCCCCGCCCCACCAGGGCUUCCCUGCUGAGGCGAGCCCGACUUGGGGACUCAUCAGACACUGAACCUGCUGAUCUUGACCGGAUGUCAGUAGCCUCUGAGGCCUCCACUACAAGUUCUACAUCCAGGACAGGGAUGGCAAGAAGGGGAAUGUCCAGGAUAGAGGCUCUUGCACAGCCAAGGAGGCCGAGGGUGGGUUCCCCGUCAGCCCAGAGUGACUCAGAGGCCACUGUGACGCGGAAUAGAGGGCUUGGGGCUCGGAGUGCUGCGGGUGAUUAUGCCAUCAGACAAGGACUGAGAGGGUCAAAUUUUACCGCCGUGUCUGGACCCAGAGCGAGGGCUAACAGCGCCUCCAAGCUGCCGGACAAGAAUAAAAAUACCUCUGCUUAUGGACAUGUCACACCUGCAUCUGGCUCUCGGUGGCGCCGCGUGCCUGUGGAGUAUGCCUCAACAUCAGAGGACGAGUACGGCUCAAACCGCCACAUAUCCAAACAGAGCCACACACGGCCGUUCCCUUCCACUCGGGUAGCUCAGCUUGGAGGUUCAGCCCCAGCAUCUCCUAGUCCCACAGGUCUGACUCCCCUGAAGCAGCACUCCAGGGAACAGGACGAGUACAUGAGAGACUGGACUGCACACAGCGAGGAAAUAGCCAGGAUAAGCCAAGACCUAGCCAAAGACCUAGCCAUGCUCGCCAGAGAAAUCCAUGAUGUGGCAGGAGAGAUCGACUCAGUCAGCCCUGCGGCCACUGAUCCUGGAGCUCUGAUGGAGGAGCGUGUAUUUGAAGACAGCCUGGAUGCAGGUGGUCCUACAGAGAACAGCAGCGUUACGGGAACAAAUGGGCGUUCUGUGGAGCUCCGACCCCGAGGCUCCGGUGGGCAGAGCUCCCGCUCCAUCCGCCGACAGACAUGGAAUAGAGAUGAUCUGGUGCUGGACAGUUUGCUGCUAGCAUCUGUGACUCAACUCUCCACGAGGAUACGUCAGUCGGUCGACAAAACAACCUGCAAAAUCAGGAUCCUCUUCAAGGAUAAAGAACGAAAAUGGGAAGAGAUUGAGAGCAAACUGCAGGCGGAGCACGACUCCUUGCUGCUCAAGAGCUCCAAUAAGGAGAUUUCAAGCAUCAUUCACGACCUGAAGAGAGUGGAGAGACAGCUGCUCGUUAUCGACAUGAUGGUGGACCCAGACGGCACCUUGGAUGCCCUGACCACCCUGGGCAUAACCAGCCCUUUGACCGACCAGAAGAUGAACCCUGGGACUCAGCAGGGGGCAUCAGUGUUGCACCCUGGAGCUGGAGCUCCUCCCGGCACAUUCCCUCCAUCCAGGCCUGAAGGACACGCCACUGAAUUCUGCGGACCUUCAGAGCAUGCAGAGCAGGACCCAGGAAACCAAAAGAGCUCUAGACCCUACAACUGAUUCACCAAGGACAUCAUUUCAAUGCAUCCUUUAUGUUGGACAUAUCCUGACACUCCUGGAAGCAGACGACAUUGUGAGGUUAGAAGGUUUUAGAGUAUUUGGUUUCAUACAAAGGAGGAGAGUGGUAGGAGGUUGAUGCCUGACUGCCCCAGCUGUCAGUCAAACUGACUCGUGAUGGGACUUUAAAAGUCCAAUGCUACCAAAUGGCAGUUUUCUUGGGACGUAAAAUAUACAAUAAAAACAUUACAGUAUUAAUUGGUGGGCUAAUGAAGAAGCUAUGACAUAAUAACCCAUCUGUGUUUUUGUGUUGCUGCUCAUUCCUAUUAUGCAUUAUUCUGCAUUAUGUUGAAAGAUGAGAGGGCGUAAGGUUAGUUCAGUCUUGCCAUUUAAUUACAAGCCUUCAGAUCUUUGUGUUCGCAUCAUAAGCUCGUUAGUCAGCUGACUUGAAGAGGCCGUUCACCCCAUGAUUUGGUGUGAGUUGCAGAGUUUUCGAGAUGUUGGCUGUAGAGAUGUCUGCCUUCUCUCGAACAUGAUGGUUCUAGAUGGCACUUGUGAUGCUUUAAGUGCCAAAAAGAAACCUUUGAAAAAAUCAACAGCAGCGUCUGUUUGGAAUUAUCAAUCCAAUCCACAGACGUUGUCUUGAGCAGGUUCGUGUAGGAACUAUUUGAUUCAUGUAUCACUGCGCAGAAGGAAGUGUGCAUCUUCUUAUGGAUGACAGACUAGCUAACCAAGCUAAAUAAACUAACUUGCGUUAUAGCUGACAAAGAUGCCAUUAAAGGUGCAUUAUGUAAGAACAGUCCACCUGACAAGUUCAUACUCUGAACAAAAUGAGGGAAACAUAUCACCAGAGUAACUGCUAGCUGCUGGUAACUGUAGCUGCUAUAAGCUAGGUAGCACAGUUAGCCAUGCAGUUAGUGGUCCAGGCUGGGAGCUCGGGGACCAGGGUAGUGUUGACGUUUACACUUCUAGCGCUGAUGUGUUAGACCAGGACGACUGAGGCUAGCUAGUUAGCAUGCUAACUUCAGUAGAUAUCAAUGUAAUACAAUACACAGACAAUAUGACGUCACAACUGUUUAUUUAUAAAAAAAAAUGUAUAAUUUUAGCACAUUUUUGAAUGUUUUCUAAAUGUUUUACAUAUUGCAUCAUUAAUGUUUUCAUCCUGCACUGUCAUGUGUACAAGCCCCUUGUCCAUGAGUAGCCGCACACUUCCCUCCCUGCCCAGUGAUAUGUUUGACUGGUGUAGUUCAAAUACAAAGAGUAAAGUUCCUACAUGAAACUGUUCACAACAAGGUCAGAUCACAGAUUAUUUUGACUAACCAGGUCAUGAUUUCUGGAAAGAGAAAUUGUUGUUGAGUUUUUCAGAUGUAUUUUUCUGAAGCUUUGAGCUCCUCAAGCCCAGUGCCACCUUAUUCCUUUAUAUUCAAGAGAAGGCCUACAUCUCUACAGGAGACACUUUCAAAAGCAACCCACAGCUAGAUAACCUAGAUGGAUAUAUUGCACUACAGGAAGGAGGAAAUAUGAUUGUUGUUACACCCCAAUUGAUUUUGGGGUGUAACAACCCUUUAAAUUUAAGAUAGAACCCCAAACCAGAAAGGUGCAAUGGUGUCAAAUGGAAACAGACGUAUAUGUGAAAAGUGUUCUUCUAUCCUGCCAUAGAAUUAUUUAUGAAAAUAAAUAUGUUGUUGGCCUGUUGCAGUUGCAAUUCCCGAGCCUGUCUCAGUAAUGAUUUUCCAUCAGAAAAGGCUAUGUAGCUUAUUUGCUGGGAAAAGAACUGGGUAUGUACAGUAUGUACCGGUGUAAAUGUCUAUUAUAUUUAAAUCAAAACUCCCUUCCAUGCCUUUUUUCUUGUGGCGAUGUCAUUUGAAACCAGUGUAUCAAAGAUAGACCAUGUGUGUCGAUAGAAACUAUGAAAUCAAAUGUAGCUCCCAGAAAGAUUUUUUCCUAUUCCAAAUGUAUUUUGUCACAAGUGCCCUGGAUCAAACAAUCAUUACAGUCGGAGAUAAGAGAUGCUAACUUGUACAAAGUGUGGUGAGGCGGAAGUGAAAUAAUUUUUUUUUUUUUGCACAUUACAAAGCUGAAACAUGUUGAUAUUCAUCUCUGAGGGACCAGGACAGGAUGUUGCCCCCCGUGACACUCCUGUAUCAUGUUAGUGUCCUCGACCAAAAACAAAGCAAGGUGAGAGCCAGCUGUAGAUGGGCGCUUUGUCCAAUGAUUUUUCUGAUCACAAACAAAAAUGUUGUGUUUGAACCAGCAUAGACAGGGGCUACCUCUGAGUCCUGCAGCUGCAUUUCAUUGUUAACGAUGCAAAGGAAGGAUGGACACUGUAAUGACCGUGGGUUUUCCAAUGUCUCGCCUCAUACCAAUGUUUACACAUGAAUGUAUCCUGAUCAGAACUGUUGACAAAUUUUAGCCAAAACAACUUUAUUAUAGAUUAAUAAUUGCAUUUUGUCUUUAAUUCUGUUUGAGCAUUUGGAGAUUUUUUUUGUUUGGAUGUUUUGUAUGAAGUUUUUCUUUUUUUCUUUCUUUGUAACGAUGUUAGGUUAAAUGUUGACCUUGCAAUACCUGUGUAUUGUUUGUCUCAUUUCCAAUAAAAUGCAUGAUAAUCAUGACCUUA